AUGUACAAACACGAACAGUUUAUGAACCCUGGCCCUGCGCCCCGCCCCCCAACUGACCGCCCGCGCCUUGCGCUCACCCCCUCUACCCAGAACCUCCCAGGCAACAUGUCGGCCAUGAGCCUGAACUCACCCGGCGGCCUCAAUGGUUCGCAGCCAUCCCUCAUCCGCACACAGACCAGCAGCCCCGGCGGCGUACACCAGGUUAUCAAGGACGGCUGGGCCAAGGUCAAGGAAGAGGGCAUUGUCAAGGGAAUGUUCUGGUCGGAGAAGUUCCUGGUGCUUCGUGAAUACCAGCUCGACUUUCUGAAGAGCAACAACUCGCCCAAGGUUUCUUUCUCCAUCCAGCUUCGCGAUGUUACAAACAUUCAGCGGUCCGAGGACUAUCCUUACUCGUUCGAGAUUAUUCGGACUGCCAACACCAACAACGGCGCAUCGCCUCCUCGCGAUGGCCCCACAAAGCAGCUCAUCUGCAAGGUCGAAACUGACGACGAGGUCUACGCAUGGAUUGACUCCAUCUACCAGCGCUGCCCCAGCAUGGGCGGUGUGAGUAACCCCACCAACUUCACUCACCGCGUACACGUGGGCUUCGACCCCACCAGCGGCGCUUUCGUCGGCCUACCGGUUGAGUGGGAGAAGCUCCUCACGGCUUCCGCCAUCACCAAGGAUGAUUACCAGAAGAACCCCAAGGCUGUCCUCGAGGUUCUUGAGUUCUACACUGAGAAGCUUGUCAAGCGCGCUGAAGACCCUGCGCAAUUCUCCAGCCUCACCCCCACUCCCGGUCUGGAUGCCCAGAACAAGCAGCUCGGCUACCCCUCCAGCGGUGCCUCGAUUGCUCCGCCGCGUCCUGCUCCGCCCAACGGCUUCCAACGCCAGGACAGCUCUAACACCGUCCGUUCAAACGGCAGUGGCCAGGCGCAGGCCGAUGCGCGCGCCGACGAAGAGCGGCGCCGCAGGCGUGAAGAUGAAGCUCGGAAGCAGCGCGAGCGUGAGAGAGAGGAACAGCGCCGUGAGACAGAGCGUAGAGAGCGUGAGGAGCAGGCUGCCUACAACGCCUCUCUUCCUCAGAAAUCUGUUCCCAUGGCCAAGCAGGAGAUUGGUGGCUACGGUGGUGAUGACAGCAGGGAUGCGAGCCCCGCUCGCUCGCAGGCAGACCGUUACAACCCGCAGCGCCCUGCUCCUCCUGCUCCUGGUCAAUCCCGCCAGCAGCAGCCGCCCGGAUCGCUUCGCCAGAUGGCCGCCCAACGCCAGGCUCCGUCGGCACCCAACAAGGCUACUAACGGUACCUACCAGCCUUCUGGUCAAAAGCAGCCCGCCUCGAAGCCCCAGUACGCUCCGAGUCACGGUGCUGCUUCGAGCCAGACGCGCAUCCCUGGCCCGGCCGCUCCCAAGCCCCUCAAUGUUGCCAAGCCUGCUGCCUCGCAAAGCGAUGCGGUCAAGAAGGCCGAGGCGGCUCUCACCAAGAAGGAGGAGCCCUCCUCCUCUUCGCGUAAGGAGGUCCGCAUGUCUAGCAUGUCCGAGAGUGAGGUCAUGGCCAGGCUGCGCGAAGUUGUGUCCAAGGAGAAGCCUCUCGACUCUUACAACAAGCAGAAGAAGAUUGGCCAGGGUGCGUCCGGUUCCGUCUACGUCGCGCGCAUCCGCGAGAGCGCUCCGUCUCCGAUGGCCCGUAGGCUCCUGGCGGAGCACGGCAACAAGGCCCAGGUUGCCAUCAAGCAGAUGGAUCUGCGCAACCAGCCCCGCAAGGAACUGAUCGUCAACGAAAUCAUUGUCAUGAAGGACUCCAAGCACCCCAACAUCGUCAACUUCCUCGACGCCUUCCUGCAGGAGGAGCAGUCAGAGCUGUGGGUCGUCAUGGAGUUCAUGGAGGGUGGUGCGUUGACCGACGUUAUUGACAACAACUCGACCAUUACCGAGGACCAGAUUGCCACUAUUUGCUUCGAGACUUGCAAGGGUCUCGAGCACCUUCACAACCAAAACAUUAUCCACCGUGACAUCAAGUCGGAUAACGUUCUCCUUGACGCUCGUGGCAACGUCAAGAUCACUGACUUCGGUUUCUGUGCCAAGCUCACCGAGCAACGCAGCAAGCGCGCCACCAUGGUCGGUACGCCGUACUGGAUGGCGCCGGAAGUCGUCAAGCAGAAGGAGUAUGGCAGCAAGGUUGAUAUCUGGUCGUUGGGUAUCAUGGCCAUUGAGAUGAUUGAAUCCGAGCCGCCAUACCUUAACGAGGAGCCCCUCAAGGCCCUCUACCUCAUUGCCACCAACGGCACUCCCCGCCUCAAGAAGCCCGACAAGCUUUCCAAGGAGCUGAAGGCCUUCUUGAGUGUGUGCUUGUGCGUUGACGUGCGGUCGCGUGCAACCGCGGGCGAGCUCAUCAGCCACGACUUCCUCAAGACGGGCUGUCCCCUUCCCAGCCUGUCGAGCCUGCUGGCGUUCCGCAGGAGCGGGUCGCACUAA